UCCGAGGCUGACUUUAAAAAGAGAAGCAGCAAUUCUUCGCAGACCAAAAGCAUGUUAUUAAUGUGAGGGUCAGGCACCAGACACAACACAGACAGACCUGAAAGAGACCAGAGGAGAUACUAUGAAUGACAUCAAACUGGCCCUGCUGGGCAGCAAAGGAGCUGGCAAAUCAGCUGUCUUAGUAAGGUUCCUGACAAAGCGCUUCAUCGGAGAGUAUGCCUCAAAUGCCAACUCCUUGUACCACAAAAGACUUUCUGUCGAUGGCAGACAGUUGAACCUGGAGAUGUAUGACCCAUGCUCCCAGAGCACAGAGGCCAGGUGUGUCCUGGAAAAGCCGGUGGACUGGGCUGAUGGCUUUAUGGUGGUCUACAAUAUCAAUGACCGAAAUUCUUUUAUCAACGCCAAGAACAUCCUGGGGCAGAUAAAAGACGUACACGUGGAGAACAGUUGGGGAGAGGUGGAUGUGCCAGUGUGCCUGGUGGGAAACAAGCAGGACUUGUGCCAUGCCAGACAAGUGUACGAGGAGGAGGGACAAUGCCUGGCGCAGGAGAACCACUGCUACUUCCAAGAGGUGUCUGCAGCUGAGAGCUACCAAGACAUCGUCAACCUUUUUACUGGCCUCAUUCGCAGGGUAAUGGUGCACCACAAAUACCGUGCUGCUGACCGGCGCCACUACAGCGGCUCCAAGUCUAUGGCCAAGCUCAUCAACAAUGUCUUUGGAAAAAGAAGGAAGUCUGUGUAGCAUCAGAGACUGUGACUGACUGACAGUUAGACUGUCAAGCAAUCAGCUUGGUAAGUGAGGGUAAUAAAGUCAAAACGUGUAGCGGGACCUACGUAGAUUUGUUUUCUUUCUAGCUGUAUAUGGUAAAGCUCACAUAGACCUUUAUUUUUUUAAUGUGAUAAUAAGUUGAAAUAUGAGCAUCCCAUACAAAUAAUCACACCAAAAAUUGGUUAGUCGAAGCUAAAUAUAAGCACGUGGAAUACACAUAUAUGUUUUUCCUAUCUCCUUGGUAUCGUUGUAGCAUUGAUUAGAGUAUUCAGGAGAGUCAUGUUUGCAUGAAACCACAAUCACUUUUGAAAUAGUAAUGCCACUUUCUAUUUAUGCCGUGUAAACACAAUUUACGUUUGUAAAUGCAGUACAAAAGUGAUCUGUUCCAGAGGAAAUAAAGUCAAAUCUGAUCACCUUAAAAUGUUCUGUUUUAGAACAUGACCUAGAGACUAAAAUCUGACAUUGGAUAUAUAUUACAAUUAGAUUUUUUGACAAACGUCACCCUAUUGCCCCACUAGAUGUCCCCAGAUGUCUAAGUCUUCCACACAAUGGGAAAAGCUGAUAAGUUCCUUGUUGUUUGUCACUGACCGCAUGUCUCAACAUCUCAUUACAACUCAAGACGUUAGAAACCCAUAUCUAUAAUCAAAAGACAAAGUAUCUUCUGUUUCAGAACCAUUGAGCACAAUAAAACAAUGAAUUUCAAUGGUAAUGUUAUUGUCAACUAUGGUUAAGGAGGUGUGGAAAGCCCUACCAACAUACAAUCUAUCCUAAAUGACAAAACUGAAAAGCACUCCAAGUGAAAAUAAACUUCUUGCUACACGACACAU